AUGGUCGGUGUCAGAGAUUCGUCAAGUCCGCCUAGAAGAGGAUCGCCAAGCGAUGUCUUCUCACAAGAUAUCAAUGAUAUCCAUAAGAGGCGUUCUGAUCGGAACGAAGGAUGUACCCGAACGAUUGCAAUUCUGUGUGCCAUUCUGGCAACAGUCUUUCUUCUGUCAACAAUAGCUCUGGCCAUUGUGGUAGGAAUCAAGUACAAUGAGGACAAAAAUACAUCUGAAGUUUCCAGCACAGCGGCACCAUCUACCUUGCAAGAGAAUCGGAGUUCUGGACCCAGUCUGAUCUACAAUCCAAAUGAGAAUAAUCCAUUCCGUGAUGAUCGUCCAUCUCUGGGAGACAGUUGGCCAUUGCCAUCUGGAAGUCUGUAUGCUCACUAUAGAAAAGCUUCUGUCGCUUCUGAUCAUGGAUUAUGUUCGGAAAUCGGAAGAGAUGUGUUAAUCGAAGGUGGAAACGCCGUUGAUGCCAUGAUUGCAACCCUUACAUGCAUCGGUGUAGUUAAUCCUCAAUCUAGUGGAUUAGGAGGGGGAUUCCUUAUGACUCUAUACAACGAAACAACUGGUCGUUGCUUAACUAUCGAUGCCAGAGAAUCCGCUCCCGCUGCUGCUACAGAGGACAUGUUCCUUAAGCUACCCAAGGAUUCUAGCGUUUUCGGUUAUAAGUCGAUUGCCACACCUUCUGAGUUACAUGGAUAUUGGACCGUUUUCGAGAAGUUCGGUUCCAGAAAAGUUUCUUGGUCGAGACUCUUGGAGCCAUCCAUCAAACUAGCCAACGAAGGUUUCCCCGUUUCUUCAAACUUGGCUAUGGUAUUGAGUGAUAAGGAAUCUAUGAUCCAAGCUGAACCUACCAUGAAGGAUCUUUUCGUUGACUCAGCAACUGGAAGGGUCUACGAGGAAGGUGAUAUAUUAAAACGACCAACUCUCGGGUUCACUUUACAAAUGUUGGCCAAUGAAUCUGAUCCAUUAGCAUUAUUCUACACCGGAGGAAUGGCUCAACAGAUUAUCGGAGAGAUGAGUAAUGCUGGCGGUUUAUUAACUAAAGAAGACUUGGCUAACUACAAGACCAGAAUUAUUGAGAAUCCUUUAGUUGCUGGAUUACCCGGUGGAUUAGAGAUGUGUGGACCUCCACCUCCAUCUUCAUUUGCUAUCACACAGAGUAUCAUUGCCGUUAUGGCUGAAUUCUAUGAUGGCUCUCCAGUUGAUCUGAAUGAUCCUCUAGUAUAUCAUCGUCUGAUCGAAGCUGAGAAGUUCGCAUAUGCCCAGAGAACCAAAUUAGGAGACUUGGAUUUCGUUGAAUCUGCCAAAACUUUAGUCGCUAAUAUGACCAAUAAUGAUUACGCUAAAUGGAUCAAGUCCAUGAUCAAGGAAACUGGCCAACCACUCGAAUACUACUUGGGAGACCUCACUACUCAGCUUUCUCUUUCACUAGACAAAGUACCUGACCAUGGCACAUCACAUGUCUCAAUCAUCGAUGAAAAUGGAAAUGCUGUCUCAUCCACCUCCACUAUCAACCAGAUAUUCGGGUCUAUGCGUGUCUCAACCGAAUUAGGAAUCAUUUGGAAUGAUGAAAUGGACGACUUCUCAACCCCUGGUCAAUCUAAUGCUUUUGGAUUCGCUCCAUCUGAAUCAAACUUCAUUGCCCCAGGCAAACGUCCAAUGAGCAGUAUGAGUCCAAUGGUUAUUUAUAACAAGAACGAUAAUAAGGUUGCCAUGGUUGCCGGAGCUUCGGGAGGAUCCUUCAUCAUCUCAGCCACGGCUCAAGCUGUUGUCAGAUCUCUUCUCUUCAAUCAAACUGUCAAAGAAGCCAUCGAUGCUCCCAGAAUCCAUAACCAAUAUUUGCCUUUUAUCACUCAAUUCGAGCAUACUGUUCCAAAGAGAAUUGUCGACGCUCUCACCAAUGAUUUCAAGCAGAACAUGAGCGCUGUUGUGAAGCAGAAGUCUGUUGUUCAAGCCUUGGAAGUUCAACCAGACGGUUUCAUCCAUGGAAACAGUGACUUCCGUCGUCAAACAGCUACAUAUCCAGCUGGCUUCUAA